AAACCCACACAUAGAUUGCUGCUUUUCUUUCUGCAAAUUCUAAAUUUCUUCCUCUGUUUCCCAGGAACCCUUUUUUCUCCAGAGUGGAUGUUGUGUUCUCUUGUGAUCCUGAUCAGCUCUGGAAUCUUGGGACUGAAUAACUUGUUCUGUAAUAUGAAAAUGAGUUAUUUUAAUAUCUGGUUUUUAUUACGGCUGGCCAGCCAGCCAGCAAACCCAAUCCUGGUUAUGUGGUUUUGAAUGCAGUCUGUGUCCAAGAAGUAUGAAGAGGAGACACCUUCUCUGCACUGGGGGAUGGAUCCUAUAUUUUCUGCAUUUGCAAGACUCUAUAUAAAAGAUAUAAAAGAAAUGAAAGAAUCCAAACAAGUGCCAGGUAUAUUCUUUUAUAAUGGACGUCCAGUAAAACAGGUGGAUGUUGUCGGGAUAGUGGUUCAAAUGAAAGAACGAGAUGCCUUUUAUAAUUACGGAGUGGAUGAUAGCACUGGAGUUAUAAAUUGUGUCUGCUGGAAAAAUCCCCUAGUAGCAGAAACAUCUUUACCAGGUCAUCCAAGCACACCCAACAGUCUUGCUGUGCUUGAGCAGAUGAAGAAACUCCAAGAAAUGGUGAUCCAGAAAAUCAAGCUGGAGAUUGGGGAUGUUGUCAGGAUCAGAGGUCACAUCCGAACCUACAGGCAACAAAGAGAAAUUCAGGCUUCAUGUUUUUAUAAAGUGGAUGAUCCUGUGUGUGAUGUUCAGAUUUCAAGAAUGCUGGAGCUCCCAUGUCUAUAUAGAGAAGUUUAUGAUAAACCUUUCCAAGGCCCUGAGGAGGGACAGAGUGGCCUGGAGGGUCAGAAUUUCUCAAUCAAUAUGCUGCGUGAGAAAGUGAAGGGCUUUCUAUUAGAACACAAAAUUCAGACCUUUUACCAACAGGAGUUGGAAACAAUUGAUACUCUUGUGUCACUGGCUGGCAUGCCUCUACCCCAUCCUGGCGGUCAGGAGGUGAAGUCAAAAAGUGACUCUAGUUCCAAAAGGAUUCACAGUGUUUUUAAGGAAGCAAUAAGAAUGCUACAAGAAGAAGGAGUGGUCUUCCAGAAACCUAGUAGCUCCACGGACUUAUACCAUGUGACUGACCAUGAUAAGGAGCUUCUCAAAGUGACCCUUGAUGUGAUUAAAGAAGACUGUCGAAAACCCAGGCAUGCUGAAAAAGGCUGCCAUUUCCUUCAUGUCCUGAGUUGUGUUCGGCAAAGCUACAAUCCCUCUCUGGCUGAAGUGGUGAUACAGCGUGUUUUGGAACUGCUAGAGAGUAACAGUGAUGUUGUCAGCACUAUGGAAGGAUAUUAUAUGGUAUUUUAAAGAGAGAAGACAAGGUACAUUUGUUCUGGUCCAUUCAGGAUAAAGGAGGGAAGAAGGCAAGUUUGACUGACCUUGAAAAGCUGCUAUUACCUGGUGUGAUCUGGAUGGGUAAAACAAGAGUAUUCUUAAUCUCCAAAUGCUGUUCUUGUUCAGAUCCAGAGAAGUUGUGUAAAUACUUGUUUUAAUAUUCUUGCUGACUUCCAUGCUCCUUCUAGUGAAAGUUGUAUCAAACUGAUUCUGUAUCAAACUUGUUCUAUCAAACAGCAGAGGAGUUGAAAAAACACCUGGGCUCUUUUUCUGCAGUAAAUGUGACAUGGCCAUCCUCACACUUACAUCCAGUGACCCCUAAAGAAAAGUCACUGCUAAAGAGUGCUGUUUACAGCAGUGGUCACGUCAAGACUUGUUUUUCUGGCUUAAAGACUGAUCCUGUGAUCUUUCCAUGUGGUAAUAGCUGUGGAUCUUUAUUUUUAUGUGUAUUUUAUAAUAGCUAGAGAAAGAAUAUGCAAGCAAACAAUCAAAAGAUUUACCUGUCCUUCCCGGCAGUGUUGGUGUACCUAUGUCUGUAAAUAUGUAUUCCUGAAUGUUCACAGCUUUCCCAGAAUUAAAGCAGUCCUCACCUUUCUCUGAAAAGUAAUAUUCAGCAAUGGGGUCCUGCAUCCCUUCCCCAUUCUGCAGCCUUGCACACUGCUUGUUAAGCAUGUCUGGAUUCCCCUGAUUACUGUGUGUGCUACUGAUGCUUGUUGUUGUUCAGGCCAGAAUUCUCAAAAUCAGACACCAUUUUGGUGUUUAUUUUUAAAUUGCUUUGAAUUGUUUAAAAUUACAUGACAAAUGGUAAACCAUAAAUCAGAUGCUUUUGAAAAGAAAAUAAGAAAAACAGCAAGACCCUCUGUAAUCCCCAUGCUCCCUGUUGCCUUUUGUGUCUUCAAUUCCUUGUGACCUUUGGGGAAAAAUACUAUCCAUAUCUGUGCUUGCAGAGGAACACAAGACAUUGAUGAAAUAACAUUGGCCUGAAGGAGGUUACCAUGCAAGAUAUUUGAUCUGGAAUAAUCACAACUGUUAUGUGCCACAGUUCAAAGCCUGAAGCUGCUCAGUAUUUCUCUUUAGAGAGGGCUUGCUGCAGCAGAGGCUUGUCUGCUUAAUGAAUGUGUUUAAUGGCAUGGAGGUGAGACCUUUAACUUUAAAAGAGUAGAAAGGAUCGAAUGUAUCUUUCCUCUUCCCUCUGCACCUUCCCUGUAACAUUUAAAAUAGCAGACUCCCCGGGGGCAGAUGUAGUGGUAAAGCCCUACAAGCAUUGACAUAGCAGGAAAAAAUAAGCCAUAAGCAUGAGGAAAGCCAGUGAGUAGCCCCAUGAGUGCCAGGUCUCUGGUUUGUUACAUUAUAUACCUCAUUCCAAGCCCUGGCUGCAGUGAGAUAUAGGCUAAAAGAAAGGCAUGACAAAAUAUUUGGCAUUUGCAUUGAGGCCCGUGGAAAACUCUGGCCUUAGAGAUGGUGCAUUUGCCUGUAGUGAGGAAAACUAUGUAUGAAUUGCUCUUUUACUGUAAAUUCUCUACUUGCUGCAGGGCUCAACAGUUGAUUUCCAUGCAGCCUGCCCUACUCCUAGCAUUGCUGCUUUGUGUUGAGUUGGGUGACUUUUAGUCAGAUCUUAAUGUGGGCCUGAACAGCUGCUGAAAGGAGCUACCCACGCCGAAGGAAAUACAAGAGGAUUAAGAAAGAACUGUAUAAGUCCUGUCCCUACCCCAUUCCCAUCCCAUCCUCUCUCUUGCCACAAAUAUGUCAGUAAAUCAGGGAAAGAAGUCCAAAUUCUGAGUGAAGUGGUACUGCGAGGAAUUGCAACUUUAAUUUAUGAUUACAAAAAAGCCUGGUUUUCCACAGGGGAGAUUUGCUUUUCAGACUCCUGCUCUGAUUACUAAUCAGCUUGAAGUGAUGCUUAAAAGAAAGGCUAUCUAUGGAGGAGGUAAUUUGGAAUAUUGAUUUCUAAAUUCAAACUAACUUCAGGAGUUAAGUGUACAUUACUGUUUGAUUAUGGACAAGUCUCCUACUUGGCAUCAAACUCCAAGUUUGAGGAUAUUUUUUAAGGAGAGUGCUAUGUCUUGGACCAUAUGGAAGAGCAUGGUAUCUAAUUUAAGAGUCUGGCUUGGCUAUUUUCUAAAAAUGUUCUGUAUUACAGAAGCUGAUUUUGCUGGGAAAGGGUUAAAAACACUGCUAGCUCUGUGGGAAAGGUGAUUUCUCUUAGAAGACAGACAGACUUUGGUUCUCCUGAGGAUGUCAGCCAAGUGUGGGGGCUGGAUGAGUUUUGGGAGGAGCUCUGCUCAUCUAAAUAUUGGAGGAAAAGAUAGUCUGGAGAUCAUCUUGCUCUGUAGGGUCUCUUUAAAAUAAAUUCAUACCAAAAUAGGAUGACAUCUUUGUCCUUCGCAGCUUGUAUAGUCAGUCAUACAUGCAGCUUCUAAUGGGUUCUGUUGCUUCCAACUUUGACACUGCACUUCCUGUGUUUUAGAUGUGUUUUUGUGUAAAGUUUCCCUAAAACCACUAGUCACCUAUUCUCUGUGCAUUGGAGGCUGAUGCAGACAUGCAAUUUAAAAGCACUGAUCAACUGUGACACCUCAAAGAUGACGUGGGAGAAACUUAUCUCAGGAAAGACAGAUAAGUUACUCUGGAAAGAACCUGUCCUUGGAAGUUUUUAAGUUAGUCCUUGUUGGAAAUGCUGAGUUCUUGUGAUGGAGGGUGUGUUCUGUUGGAGAUGACUCCCCAAGAACAGGAAAAAGGGAUUUUUCUCACUUAACUCAGGGAAGUAGUAUGAAUGAACACAAGGGAGUCUACAGUUUUUACAAGAGUGAAAGGUUAAGGUAAAAUUAAUGG